AUGUCUCAUGACUUUGAUUCAGCGUUUGGUGAUCUGCAGAAGGGCAUUCCCAAUUGUGAAAAAAUGAUGAUUUUUGCCCACAGCCACUACGUGAACGGCCUCAACACGCCCCGCUUCUGCUCAUCACUCCAACAAUCUCCACAUGAUUCUUCUAUCGUCGACAAUUUCAUAUAUAAAUCAUGCUCUCUAUAUACGGAGCAUCUAAUGAUGGAGACGCGGCUGAAAUCCAUGAACGGGAGCCUCAGCGAGCAGCUCGAUGCCAUUGGUGCCUUGAAGAAAUGGCAUUCUGUCUUAUCCAAUGCAGCGGCCAUGAUCUGCGUGGCAGUGGCCGCGGCCGUUGCGGCGAAUGUCGUUCCAGUGAGUGCGGGGGCGAGGGCAGUGAUCGGAGCGUUGGCAGCUGCGGGCUCCGUUCUGUUUGCUGCGCUCGGGAAAUGGCGCCAAUCUGUUCUGAAGAAGCGUGAGACUGCCGUCAAGAAACACAAGGAGAUAGCAGAGCGUAUGUGUGCAGGGGCCAGACUCGGCAUGAAAUAUCUCUUCGACAUUCACCAUGUGGCUGUCAGGUUGCAUCUCGAAAUCAAAUCUUUGUCGGAAGCGACUGAUGAAUUACUAAAGAAUGAUGAAGCCUACAGUAAAUCGAUGGAGUCGGCUAAACAAGAAGUGCUUGUGAGCAUCAGAGGAGUGUGA